GACUGUCUCUGUCUAUAUUGAUAGUACUCUAUCGCCUGCAUGGCGUUCGAAGAGAUGUCCGGGCCAAGAAUCAGCACUCAGAAGCGCGCCAUCUAUGCAUCCUUCGAUAGCAAGUCUUCACCGGCAGGCAUGACGCAACAUAUUCAACAUCCAAGCGCAGAUAUACUCAAGGAGACACCACCGAGUAUUGUUGUUGCACUAGCACAAUUGGCGCCGAUAGUCAGUGGUCUGAAUACAGCGCUUGGAUGGAUCACAUGGACGAGUGAAGACCACUGGUCGAGUUUUCUCAUGCUCGUCAUGUGGUGGCUUGUUGUCCUCUACGGCGAGUUUGUAUGCAGAUAUGCAGCCAAUUGGGCCGUUCUAGUCAUUCUCGGUAUUGGCUACCUCAAAAAGAAGACGGCGACAAAACGUGUUAUGCGUGCUUUGGAAAAGGGCGAAGAGUUUGAAGAGCCCAUUGGCGAUGCGCAACGGGUCAUUGACGCAACACUCUACGAGAUUGAUGUACUGCGGGCGCGCUUUCACCUACUAGGCAGCCAUCUUGAGCCAAUCAUGAGUCUAUUUCGAUGGGAGAACCCUCAGCGGUCGUCAGUCAUUGGUUUGAGGCUCGUGUUUUCAACGCCCAUUUACCUGCUUCUCACCUGGCUCCUUGGUCCGCGUGCUAUCAUUCUUGUGGUUGGCACAUUGCUGCUCACCUUUACAAGUCCGUGGUUUCAAACCAUUCGCACAGUGUUCUGGCGCUUCAACACAGUACGUUGGGCAGUCUCUGCCAUUCUCGGGCUUGAGCAGCUACCAGGAGAGGCAGAAAUGCUCGACAAACUCAGCAAAUCGCCCGUCUCUGUUGUCUUUGAGCCGACGGUGAAGCCUGCGAUCGUCACGGCUGGUGGAUCACGCUUCACAACAACCCUCGCUGUGCUUGAGAAUCAACGGCGUUGGCUAGGACUCGGCUGGACACCAUCCUUACUGCCGCAUGAACGGGCGCCAUUCACAGAUCUUGAUGAACGGACAUGUCCAGCGCCGCCAAAUUAUGGUCUACCAUCGGCAAAGACAACAAUUGGGGAGGAUGGUAAAGCGCGCACCGUGACGUGGGCAUGGAUUGAUUCUACGUGGCGCGUUGAAAAAGGUAGGGGUAGGGAUGCUGAGGGUUGGAUCUAUUUCGAUAAUGCAUGGCGCAAGCCGAGUGCUAAGGAAGAGUAUGGCAAGUAUACGCGCAAACGCAAGUGGAUUCGCAAUGCAGAGUGUACGGAGAGCUUGGAGUCGAGUGAAACGGACACAGAGGUGCCAGAGGCUGUUGUGCAUGAAAGCAGCGAUAGCCCUAGCGACAGUGACAGCGAAGUCGAGGUCAAGGUGGUGGAGGAGACGUUAACAGUGAAUGCACCAGGGAGAACGCGCUCCACCAGUCUGCUGAGCCAGUCGACCUUUGACACCAUCGACCCAAGCAAGGUUCUUUUUUCGCCAUCAAAAGCACGAACGGGCUUAUUGAACGGCAGUGAUACAGGAAGCACAACGAGCAUCUCAGAAAAGUUUGCAAGAGAGCGCGAGAAGCCCGUGUCUUUGCCGAAACGAGAGUGGCGGAGUGUUCCUGGUGGAGGGAAAGAGCUCGUCAUGGUGGGUGAGACGGUGACUCCACAGCAAGCCGUCAAGCGGCCCUUGUUUCGGCGAAAGACGUCACGGAGUAGUAUACAGAGUGCUCAAUCGUUGGAUUAGCUACUUGAUCAUGUCAUUACGCCAGCGAACAUCCGCCAAGGCUUCAAUCUUGUAGACAUCUAAGGUCCCCUCGGCGAGUGCGCAUCCUUCCACCAAGGCAUCAGCAACGCGCGUCACGGGUAAUGGCUUGACACCAGCAGCACCAAGUGAUAAUCGUCCGUUCGUUAGGCUUGCAAGUUUGUUGCUGACGCCCAAAGAAGAGUUGAGUGCGUAGGUGACGCCCACGACACGUGAAAGCGUCGACAACAACGGCGACGAGUCUGCAUACAUAAAGCCAGGUCGGUAGAUGAUGGUUCGCCAGGGAGCCGAUGCUGACUGUUGCUGCAAGUAUUGCUCUGCCUGGCGCUUGCUCUCUAUGUAGCGUUUUGGAAUACCAGGGAAUCCAUCUGCUGCGCUGACGUACGCGAAGCUUUGUA